CACCAGAAACCCCCUCCUUCCAAUCCGUGUCUCCAAGUCCGGAAAACCAUGGCCCUCUCCCACCCCAUCCUCGUCCUCUCCACUCUCUUCCUCUACCUCACCGCCACCGCACACUCCAUCGGCGUCAACUACGGCACUCUGGCAAACAACCUUCCGCCGCCGGCUCAAGUGGCCAACUUCCUCAAGACCCAGACCAUCAUCGACCGCAUCAAGAUCUUCGACACCAACCCUGACAUCCUCCGCGCAUUUGCCAACACUGGCAUCCUCGUCACUGUGACCGUCGGCAACGGUGAGAUCCCCGCCCUCGCCGUACUAGCCAACGCGCGCCAGUGGGUAGCCACCCACAUCGCCCCGUUCCACCCGCAGACACGGAUCAAUUAUAUUGCCGUUGGCAAUGAAAUCAUGGCCACCGCCGACAAAAUCCUCAUUAGUCGCCUUGUCCCUGCGAUGAGGAGUCUCCACCAGGCUCUUGUUCUCGCCGGAAUCAAGGACAUUAAGGUCACAUCCCCACACUCUCUUGGCAUUCUCUCAAUCUCUGAGCCACCGAGUCUCGGCCGGUUCAGGCGAGGCUACGACCGGCUCGUAUUCGCGCCGAUGCUGAAAUUCCUACGCGAAACAAAUGCACCCUUCAUGGUCAACCCUUACCCCUACUUUGCCUACUCUCCAAAGAUGGCGAACUACGCGCUCUUCAAGCGCAACGCUGGCAUCCACGACAAGUUCACAGGCAUUACAUACACCAACAUGUUCGACGCCAUGAUGGACGCCCUCCACUCGGCCAUGAAGGGCGUCGGGUACGGCGACGUGGGCUUGGUCGUGGGCGAGACCGGUUGGCCCACCAACUGCGACGGCUACGAAGCCUGUAGCGUGGCCCAUGCGGCGACGUUUAAUGGGCACUUGGUCCAUCAUGUCAGCUCGCGUAGAGGCACGCCGUUGAUGCCCAACCGGAGAUUCGAGACCUACCUUUUCUCGUUGUUCGAUGAGAACCUUAAGCCGGGUCCGACCGCUGAGAGGAACUGGGGCUUGUUCCGACCGGAUUUCACUCCGAUAUAUGACAUUGGGAUUAUGCGCAAUGAACAGUCGGGUCAAAAUAGACCAAGGCCCAGACCCACACCCGUAUCAGGCAAGAAGUGGUGUGUACCAAAGCCAGGCGCUAGCAAUGCAGCGCUACAGUCAAACAUAGACUACGCCUGCAGCUCAGGUGUGGAUUGCAAGCCCAUACAAGCUGGUGGAGCCUGCUUCCAACCCAAUGCCGUUGCCUCCCACGCAUCAUACGUCAUGAAUGCCUUCUAUCAGAAGUCUGGUCGCCACGAUUACAACUGUGAUUUCGCUCACACCGGAGUCCUGACCACCCAAGACCCAAGUCAUGGCGCAUGUAGAUACGUUGGAUGAGAUUGAAAUGGAGGAUGUGGGUACUGUAGGGCUGCAAUAACCAUACUUGGAGAAAAUUAUUCACUUAAUUGCGACUUUUUAUUCAUUUGUUUUUAUCAUCAAAUAUCUUGAUGUAACAAACGUUGCAUUUAACACGGCCAAUUCUAGUUUAUGUAGGUCAUAUUUGUGGUAAUUUGAUGAUAAUAUAUGCCUCGUUACUAA